GACGCCGAGAGAGCAGAGCAGGGCAGAUCCAGCCAGCUGCGAGGAGAUGUACUGGCACUUGACUGGAGCCAGUAGAGUAGAGUAGAGUGCAGUAGAGCAGGGCAGUAGAGAAGUAAAGAGUACGCUGUCUCCCUCCUCCCUCCCUUGUCUCUUCUCAGUCCAGUAACAGAGCAGAGCAGAGCGGAGCGGAGCUCUUGCUUACCGGAGAUCCCAAGCAAGCAAUGGCGGGCGGCGGGGGGCGCAGCGGUCGCGGCGGGGAGGAGGAGUACGACUACCUGUUCAAGGUGGUGCUGAUCGGGGACUCCGGCGUGGGGAAGUCCAACCUGCUCUCCCGCUUCACCCGCAACGAGUUCUGCCUCGACUCCAAGUCCACCAUCGGCGUCGAGUUCGCCACCCGCACCCUCCACGUGGAGGGCAAGAUAAUCAAGGCGCAGAUCUGGGACACGGCGGGGCAGGAGCGGUACCGGGCCAUCACGAGCGCCUACUACCGGGGCGCGCUCGGGGCGGUGCUCGUCUACGACGUCACCAAGCCCACCACCUUCGAGAACAUCGCCCGGUGGCUCAAGGAGCUGCGCGACCACGCCGACGCAAACAUCCGCAUCAUGCUCGUCGGCAACAAGACCGACCUCAAGGACCUCCGGGCCGUCGCCACCGACGACGCGGCGGGGUACGCCGAGGCCGAGGGGCUGUCCUACAUCGAGACGUCCGCGCUCGAGGCCAUGAACGUCGAGGAGGCCUUCCAGCUCAUCCUCGGCGACAUCUACCGCACCGUCAGCAAGAAGGCCGUGGCCUCCGAGGAGGACAGGGCAGGGGCCGCUGGGGUCAAGGAAGGUAAGACCAUCAAUGUCGCCGCCGCCGCCGCCGACAAUGGCGGCGAAAAGAAGCAAUGCUGCUCAGCUUAGGAAGGAAGGAUGAUGCCCACCGAAUGUAUGUUAAUUAUGUGAUGGUUGUUUUUGGAGUUUUACAAGCCUUGUUGAUUCAUUUUGUCAGAUAUCCUCCCUACAUUGUUAGACCUGAAACUCACAUAUAUUCAGUUACUUAUAUGAUACUGUAUAUCAAGUUCAUUGGUUUA